UAAGUUUCACCGCACACUAGUUUCGGUAUCGUUUUUAAGGAAACAAGCCUGCUUGCCCUCACGUGUCCUGCUGCUCCCAAACAAGAAAUUUAAUCCCGCGUGGCUUCAAACAGGAGUUUCUUUAAUGAUGUCCGCGAUGGUUCAGGGCAACCCCGGCUGGGUUUUGGAUACAUGCUCACAUAUCGAUCGAGGGUAUUCGCCAUGCAUCCGAUGGAGAGAGAAUCACAAGUCACAUGUAAAGUGUCGUUUCAAAAGGCGGUGUUUUCAGGUUAUAAAGAGCUAUUACAGUGAGAAUACCAGCGCAGCUGUGGAUGCGGGAAACGAGGACGUGCUGCAGACAUGCAAAUCAUCAAAGAAAAGGAAACGGAAACACCAUGAGCUCAACCAAGGGGAAAUCGAUUCACGGGUCUUUCAUGAGAAGAUAAGGUCUAUUAUUCUGGAGGGGACCAAAUCCUUGGUGGAGUGUGCACAACCCCUUGGCUAUCUGAAUGGAGAGACAAACAUGGAAAAAGAGCCUCUUCCUUCACAGGAGUGCAACCUUGCUGCUCUUUGUGAAAUGGCUAAAGAGCUCCCUCUGAUGGACGAUGAGGUGCAGGAACACGGCGUUCAGUUGCUUGUUAGUGAGGAUGGUUGUGUGUCUCAUGUCGACUUGUUCUCACGGGUGACGGAGAGCAGGGCGGACUGGGCUACAGUGGUAACGCUGAUGGGAGAGGAGUAUGUAAUACCCCCUCGCACGGCUUUCCUGCUGUCUGAUUUCACAAGGAUACAACCAUUAAUCCACUAUGGAACAAGGUUUGACCUAAUAGUUAUGGAUCCGCCAUGGGAAAACAAGUCUGUGAAAAGAAGUCGCAGAUACAGUUCGUUGCCCUCAUCUCAGUUGAAGCAGCUCCCUCUUCCCCUGCUGGCAUCUCCAAACUGCUUAGUGGUGACCUGGGUGACAAACCGGCCGAGCCACGUGCGUUUUGUCUGUGACGAGCUGUUUCCACACUGGGGUGUAGAGGUUGUGGCCAAAUGGUUCUGGGUCAAGGUCACCACAUCUGGGCAGUUUGUGUUUCCACUAGAUUCACCACACAAGAAGCCGUAUGAAAUGCUGGUGCUGGGCCGAUAUCGUUACUCUGCUGAUACCUCAGCAAGCCCCUCAGAGUCAUCAGGGGUUCCUGUGGAGGAUCACCGGUUGAUUGUCAGUGUCCCAUCAGCUCUGCACUCUCAGAAGCCUUUCCUGUCAGAGGUGCUGAAGCCAUAUAUUGGAAGUGAAGCCAAGUGCUUGGAGCUGUUUGCCCGAAACCUUCAACCAGGAUGGACCAGCUGGGGCAACGAAGUACUCAAAUUUCAGCAUGUUAGCUUUUUCAAUUUGACACCUGCUGAUGAAAAAGCAGAAGCUGAAGAUGACCGUACAGACAAACAAAAAGAAGCACAAGGUUUCGAUUCACCUGGGAAAACUGGACCUCCCGACCAACGUCCCUCCAGGGUGAACCAGUGACCUCCGACACCUGUCAGAUCAGUAUUUCCGUUUGCAUUUAAAAGUUAUUCAGCGCCAAAAUAUUUCUCUACCAGUUCCUUUUGAUCUGUACUCUUCAUGCAUGUGGGACCUUUGAUUUCUUUUUUUGGUCUGGAUGCAUUUUUAAGGUAGCGAAACACAACUCUGAUGAGGCAGCUGGAGAGAUGAAAGUGCAUUUCUGUGCAACUGUUUUGAACCCAACUUCCUACGCUGCAAUCAGAUAAACAACACUCAAGUGUUUUUGGGGGUUUUUUUUUAUACAUGCCUUUUUAGUAAUGUUUGGCACAAUGUGCGUCUUAAGGAUGAUCAAAGUGUUUCUAUUUUUACUUAUUUUAUGCUGUUUUGAGCUGAAUUUCAAAAUGCUUUCCAACCAUUAUGAAAGAAACACUUUCAUAUUGAAUGCAUGCUGGGUUGCUAAUCCUUUUAAGAGAAGUGGUUUUUAAAAGUUUUUUACUCAAACAAGCCACUGAUGUCUCCUCCGCUCUGCCUUUUGUCCUGUCAAGGGCAUCCAGUUCUAUCAUUGGAUAAUUUGUCCCUGAAUUCCUCAUUUUUCAGUGAAAGAUGAACUCUUCCCACGUCGCGCUUCUAACUAGCUAACCUGUCUUUUCCUGUUGACUCUCUAAUGAGUCUGUUGGCAUGUGUUUGGAUGAACGAUGCUGCCUUUGAGACAGAUCACGAUGAGUUAUGGCCACUGCAGCGACUUACAUAUCACAGCUAAUGAAGCCAGAGUACGUCUUCAGCAGGAUUACAUACACAUCACCUUGUCAUGCUGUCUUUGUGUCUUUAAAACACCAGCACAUUAGUGUAUUCCUUACACUGUAUAUCAAAGUUGGACGUAGCCACAGUGACAUCAUCCAUUCAUUUGUGAAGUCCUGUUUUGUGGCCUUAAUCUUAGCAUUUGGACUGAUUUUAUUUUUUAUUUUUUAAGCUAGAAGUUUGCAUAUUUGGACAGGAAGGUGGAGUACUGCUUUUGUACAUUGCGUGAAUCAGUGACACAGAUAAAUGUGAAGUAGUGCCAAAUAAUCUUCAAAUAAAAUUAGAAAAUUUCUUGGAUGGACUGUUAUUUGUCAGAUAAUUGUAAUAAAUAUAUUCCAAAAGACACCCAACAGCACAAACAGGGCUGAGAGGCCCAAAGCAGCCUCUCCCCUAAUAGGACAUAACUCUGCACACUGAACACAAUGUAAAUGAAUGAGUUAUAAAAAGAAACAUACAUGUGUUAUGAAGGUGGCCAUUACCUAUAGAGACCAAAGUGCUGUAAACAUAUCCAUUUACCCUAUGAGGUAAUGACAUGAGAGUCUUUGGGAACUGACUUACUUUUGGAGUUUUAUACUAAAAUAUCAGUCUUGAAAUACGAAGAAAGCCACGAGUAGGCUGGAUACUAACUAAUUUCAUCUUUAUAAAAAAAUACAAUAUGUUUUUUAUUUGUAUUUUUUGUAUUUUGUAUUUUUGAUACUCUUAAGCCUAAUAUUAUCUUGAGUGUUCAGCACUAACUAAAGGUACCUUGCUGAUUGUCAAGGCUAGUUUAAUUGGUUUUUGCAGGGCAUUGAGCAACAAAUGGUAGACCUUCAUCAGCAGAUUCGGUUGGCUGAAAGAUGGUGUACUUCCAAGGUUGUCAGUGUGACCCAGGACCUGUGGAAGCCAUUGGUUAUGCAGCCCACGGUGGCAAUAAGGAAUUCAUUAACAGCUGAAGUUAUUCAAUAAUAUAGUAGCAGCAAAGAAAACAAAGGGAAUAUUUCUCAUUAAUUAUGAGUUGUCCACUGUAUGCUACAGUUAAAGUAGGGAACUUCAUAGAUUCAGAAAUUCCUUCACAAAUAGUGACAUGGUUGCUGCAGGACAGCACUUUAACUGACAUAGGUGUCUGCCAACCUGGAAUAUAACCAGAAUACAACCAAUUGAGUUGAGACCCCUAUUGCAAAGAGACACAUUGGUGCAGUAUUCAGCCCUCUGUAGGCUGAUAAUUUUCAUUUCUAUCAAAUGAUGUGGCAUCCUUUUAUUCCUAACGCAUUACCCAGUCCAUUACAGUAUAGACAUCAGCGUGAUUUUUUUCCCUUUUGAAAUCUGAUGUGUAUUCAAAAUGUUCCUUUAUUUUUUUUUAGCACUGUGUCUAUACAAUAAAAGUAUUACUCCUUAAACUAAGUCAAACAUUAAGGUAAAUGUCUUUUGUGAGGUUGCAGUGCAGAGUUACUCAACAGUGUCAUUCAGGUCUCCAAGGAUUUCUUAUUUUCUCUGUUCAUAAACAGAGAAUUUCUCAGCAAUGAUUCCUUUAUGAAACAUGAUAUCUAAUCUUACAAUCAAGCACGUCACACAUACAAAGCCCGUGUGACACAUCAUGCUUCAGUCUGAUUGGUCAAGGCUCAGAGACAUUCAGUUGCAAAGGGUUUAAAUGCUUUUAGGGAUUCUUCUUUUCUGUAAAGGAGAAGCUAUUGUUGCUUUUCUCUUGUGAGUGUAAUAUUCAUUGAGAUAAAGCACAAAAACCUUAAAUGAAAUAAAAAAAAUAGAUGAUAAAAGAAUCUACCAGAAGAGUACCUUUAUCACACUGUCACUGUCUAAGAUAUCUUUUGUUUCCUCCCAUUUCCUUCUCUCAUUACUUGCUUUUUGAAUAGAAGCUGCUAUCUCAGAUGCAGUUAGUCGCUAAAAAGCCUGCUAUGUGCUGCUGAAUGAAGUCACCACAGUCAUCAUCUCACUUACAGGCGCCAGUGAACGAGCGUGUCCUGUCAAACUCAAGAUGAAGCACCACAACAAAGACCUUGUCACCCCUUCUUCCUCCAGCUUCCCCUGUUCCUCCAUUAAAGCCAGGGCAAAAAAGAAAAAGUCCUCAAAAGGAACCCCAGUCUCACUGAUGUUUUGCUAUAUCUGUAGCUCUUUAACCAUUUCAGUUCACUGUGAAAUUGGAGGAUAAAACAGAGGAUCUUUACAAAAAUCUGUCUAUCACUCGUUGCUGUUGGUUUUUGGGGGAAUGGCUGCAGGAGACUAAUAGCAUUAGUACUGCACUUGUAUAAUAAUGUAAGUAAUGCAGUUAAUGCUGUAGUACUGAAUCGUAUAUUGGUUAGCCUACCAGUAACAGUAUCAGAUAGUGCUGCAGUGUGCCCCAAUUUGUCUUAAGAGUAUGGAAAAUAAAAUGUUCGGCUUGCUGUUUACAAUUUGUUUUCUUGUUUAAUGGCUAUUAUUGCUGAGGCAGUACUGUAUUAGUAUGCAUGAGUUUACCUUUUAAGGAUAUGCUAGAUUUGAUUUGUUAUGGCUCUAAAUAAUCAUGUUUCUUUGUUAAAAUUUACACUGUGAUUUUCAGUGUCUUUGUGAACAAGGAAAAACAUUAAAGCUAUCAAAAGAC